AUGGAAUCAUUACAAGAGAGUGUCACCAUACUGAAUGGGACCGAUCAUAAGCCUUUGAUCAACAUAUUCAACAAGCCACUGCUCACAGCACCGAAAAGAUUGCAGCACAUGCUCUUAAACUUGCAACGCUAUCAACUCAGCAUAGAGUUUGUUGCUGGAAAGGAGAAUGUUGUAGCAGACGCAAUCUCACGAGCACCUCAUGAUGACUACAGUGAAUCCGACGAAUUCCGGAAGCUGAACAUCUACAAAAUUUUCAAACAGUUGGAGGACUGUAGUAUGAGUUCUUACUCGAACAUAUCCGACAGCUGCUUAGACAGUAUCAUGGAGGCUACGGAACAAGAUGCAGCAUUGCAAGCAGUGAAGGAUUUUAUCCGGAAUGGCUGGCCGAACUCAAUUAACCGAGUACCUUCAGUCGCCAAGAUUUACUUCAAGUACCGAAACGAGCUGUCCACACAAGACGGAUUCAUAUUUAGAAACGAUCGGAUUGUAAUUCCUGUUACACUGCAAAGAUGUAUUAUCGAUAAAGUUCACGUAAGUCACAAUGGCAUUGAGUCAACUUUAAAACUUGCCCGAGAAAACGUAUUUUGGCCAGGGAUGAGCGCACAGAUAACAGACGUGGUAAAAGAAUGCGCAACGUGUGCGAAAUUUGCUCCCAGCCAACAAAAACCACCCAUGCAAAGUCAUGCAAUCGCCGUCUACCCGUGGCAAAUCGUUUCCAUGGAUGUAUUUUUUGCUAUGUAUCGAAAUUAUAUCGAGUUGGACAUCCUAAAGGAUAUGUCUGCCAGGCGACUUGCCGAAACAUGCAGAAUGAACUUUGCUCGUCACGGGAUUCCACAAAUAAUAAACACAGACAACGGAACCAAUUUUGUGAAUGAGGAAAUGAAAGAAAUGGCUGUCAAAUGGAACUUCAGGCAUUCGACGUCUUCCCCUUACCACCAACAAGGCAACGGCAAGGCGGAAUCUGCCGUGAAGAUAGCGAAGCGAUUGAUUCAAAAGGCAGAAGAAACAAAUCAGGAUAUCUGGUACGUUUUGCUUCACUGGAGAAACAUCCCGAAUAAAAUCGGGAGCAGCCCAGUCACAAGAUUAUUUUCACGCAGCACCAGAUGUGGAGUACCAGCAUCGGCUGAAAAAUAUGCUCUUCGAAUUGUGCACAACGUUCCAGAAGCAAUACUAGAAAACAAAAGGAAGAUGAAGUAUUAUUAUGACCGCAAAUCUCGUGAAUUGCCUGUACUGCAAAUUGGUUCACCCGUUUAUGUCCAGCUACAUUCGGAAAAUAGCAAAUCUUGGACACCAGCUAUCGUGAAUGAGCGGCUCAAUGAUCGUUCGUAUGUCGUGGACGUAAAUGGAUCCUACUACCGCAGAGAUCUGGUCAACAUAAAACCGCGUAAAGAACCAACUAUAAAUCACAGCCCGAAUUACGAAAACACUCGACGGGAAAGCGAAUGUGUUUACACUCCCGUUUUAGAUGAAAUGUCAACCAGACCGCUUAUCACACAGCCAACUGAGAUGGAAUCCAACGAACUGACAACACCCGUUGUAAUGCAAUCAGCUGUGGCAGCCCAUGCGGCAAAGGCGACGAGUGCGAGGAACAGUCAGAAUGAAACGACAAUGGGCAGCACAAUCAUCAAUGAGAAUACCACAGAUGCAGCGAACAGACCGAAACGUCAGACAAAACUUCCAAGCAAAUUUAAUGAGUAUGUAAUGUACAAUUAA